AAAAAUAUUUUUAAAAGUAAGUUCCACACCAAUUCCUAACAAGCUAUCAAGUUAAACCCCCGCAGCGAUGACCGCCAAAUCACGCUUCUCUGCUUCUGAAAUCACAUCACCUCGCUCCGGUAGCCAGACUCCGACGAGUCUGCUUUUGGUUAGGUAAAGUUUAGUUGCAGAUAAAAAAAAUAAAAUUUAAAGAAUGGGAUGUCACCAGUCGAAGAUAGAGAAUGAAGAAGCAGUAUCAAGAUGCAAAGAUCGAAGGCACUUCAUGAAAGAAGCUGUCUCCAACCGCAACGCCUUCGCCGCCGCGCACUCUUCCUACGCCAUGUCCUUAAAGAACACCGGCGCCGCCCUCAACGACUAUGCCCAGAGCGAAAUCCACCGUCUCUCCGCCACCACUGCCGCACCUCCUCCUCCGCCUCCUUCCUCUGUCCUUCCACCGCCGCCCCCCGAUAACAUGAAUUUCCAGACUUUACAGCGGUCGACAAGCAUGCCAGAGAUGAAGAUUCAGAAACCGGAGAUGAACAAGCCGGUGGAGACGAUACACGAAGAGGAAGAGAUGGAAUAUGAAGCUCAUGAUAAUGAGAGGUUAGUGAGAAAGAGAAGUAGUACUGGUAGUAACAGAGGCAGUACUGGUAGUAACAGAGGAAGUUCUUUACAAGAAAACCACCAUCUACAGCAACAGCCCCAAGAUUCCCUUUGGGAUGAUUUCUUUCGAUCCAUGGAUAGCAUUCCAGGACCGAGUUUGGCGGGACCGCCAGAGAUGGAGGAAGAGGUGAGGAUAAAUAAAGAGCAGGUGCAGAGGAAAGUGUAUGAGGAAAAGGUGGAUCCGCCACCGAUGGUGGUGGAGGAGAAGAUGGAGAAGGCCAUGGAGGUUCCGGUGCCGGAGAUGAGUGUGGGAAGGAAGAUGGGAGGAGUGGAAGGAGGGAGGAGGUUUGUGAAAGGGAUGAACUUUAUGGAGAUAUUUGCGGACCUUGAUGAUCAUUUUUUGAAGGCAUCUGAGAGUGCCCAUGAAGUUUCUAAGUUGCUGGAGGCCACGCGAUUGUAUUAUCACUCAAAUUUUGCGGACAAUAGAGGACAUAUUGAUCACUCGGCAAGAGUGAUGCGUGUUAUUACAUGGAAUCGAUCAUUUAGAGGAGUUCCUGAUCUUGAUGAUGGGAAGGAUGAUUUCGACAUAGAAGAGCAUGAAACUCAUGCAACAGUACUGGAUAAGAUGCUGGCAUGGGAAAAGAAGCUUUUCGAUGAAGUGAAGGCAGGUGAAUUGAUGAAGUACGAGUAUCAAAGGAAGGUUAAUUCGUUGAAUAAGCAGAAGAAAAGAGGUACAAACACUGAAUCACUAGAGAAAUUAAAGGCUGCUGUAAGCCAUCUGCAUACAAGAUACAUCGUAGACAUGCAAUCAAUGGAUUCAACAGUUUCAGAGAUAAACCAAUUACGUGAUGAACAAUUAUAUCCAAAACUUGUUGAGCUCGUUGAUGGGAUGGCCACAAUGUGGGAUACCAUGCGAUAUCACCAUGAGGCCCAGUCUAAGAUUGUAAAUGCCCUCAGAGCUUUGGACAUUUCACAAUCUCCCAAGGAAACUAGUGAGCAUCACCAUGAUCGUACCUUUCAGCUCUUGGUUGUUGUGCAAGGGUGGCAGUCACAAUUUUGUAAACUUAUAGAUAAUCAGAAAGGAUACGUAAAGGCCCUGAACUGCUGGCUAAAGCUGAACCUUAUUCCUAUAGAAAGCAGUUUGAAGGAGAAGGUUUCUUCUCCACCAAGGGUCCAGAACCCCCCCAUCCAGUCACUUCUUAUUGCUUGGCAUGACUUUUUGGACAAGCUCCCGGACGAGGUUGCAAGAAGUGCUAUAAAUAAUUUUGCCUCUGUAAUUCAUGCCAUCCUGCAGAAUCAAGAAGAAGAGAUGAAGUUGAAAGAGAAAUGUGAGGAAACAAGAAAGGAACUAUCCCAGAAGACAAAGAAAUUUCAAUCCUGGUACCGAAAGCAUAUGCAGCAGAAAAUGCCCGCUGAAUUCGAUCCUGAAUUGACAGAAGACAAAUCUGACAAUGAUGCUGUUGCUGAUAGACAGUUUGCUGUGGAUGCAGUGAAAAAGCGCUUGGAAGAGGAGGAAGAGGCCUAUAAGAAGCAGCGCAUUCAGGUGAGGGAGAAGUCUUUGGCAAGUCUUAAAACUCGCUUGCCAGACCUCUUCAGAGCCAUGUUUGACAUUGCGCAAGCUUGUUCAGAAAUGUAUAGGAACUUGAAGUUCAUAUCACAGCGCCGAAAUGCAAGCUAAAAGUGUUUAGCAGGAUAUAGGAUUUUGUACACAUUCUUGUAUACCUUGCAAAUGAAUAUCCAAAGAAAAUAUUGUAUUUAUAGACUGCUUGUAUUAUUUGCAGUAUAAUCAACAGUUGUACUGGAAUUUUGGAUCGAACAAGUCCCGAAAAUCAUGAAUUUAUUCAUAAAAUUUGUUGAGUUUCAACU